AUGAUGGCUGCCCAUUCAUCAGUAUCAGAGGAUCAGAUAAAUGAUUUGAAAUUAUUGAGUUAUCUAAAAGGAUUCAAAGAAGAAUGGUUUCAGUAUUGUUGUGCAGCGGUUUUUGCCAUAAAAUUCCUCUUGAUACCAUGUUAUCGUAGUACCGAUUUCGAGGUGCACCGUAACUGGAUGGCUAUUACACAUACGCUUCCUAUUUGCUCAUGGUACUAUGAAGAUACGUCACAGUGGACUCUUGAUUAUCCUCCAUUUUUCGCCUUUUUCGAAUAUUUUUUAAGUCAGGUGGCAUCAAAAAUUAUCCCUUCUGCAUUGGUGCUGCAAAAAGACUCAUAUUUUUCCAGUGAAUUAUUAUACUUUCAAAGGUUUUCGGUAAUUGCAACAGACGUUUUAUAUAGCUUAUCAUGCAUUUUUCUAACAAAAAGUUUUUCUGGACUCUGCAAAAAUGAUAGCAAUGUAAAGAAAAAUUCGGUUGCUACCGGCGUUUUUCUCUUAGCUAAUGUUUCUUUGGUGAUGAUCGAUAACAUACAUUUUCAAUACAAUGGCAUUUUAACAUCACUUCUUUUGGUUUCGCUUGGUUGGAUUAUGAGGAAAUCUUUUCUAUGUGGUGCACUGACCUACUGCAUUCUGCUAAAUAUGAAACAUAUUUAUCUAUACUAUGCACCUGCAUAUGCGGUAUAUUACGCCAUAAAUUAUUUGUUUUCCCCUGGAAAAGUUUUCAUAACUAACGGUGCAAAAUUAGCUGCUAUACUUAUUCUUCCAUUUGCAUUAUCCUUUGGUCCAUUUAUUUAUUUAUGUGGUCCUAGCGUUUUACAGCAGAUAUGGAGACGGUUGUUUCCCUUUCAGCGUGGUCUAACACACGCUUACUGGGCCCCUAAUUUAUGGGCAUUUUAUAAUUUUGCUGACUGGUAUUUCUAUCAAAUUCUAAAAUUGACCAAGCGAUUGCCUCCAAAUGUUCAUUCACCCACUUACAUUUCAGGCCUUGUGCAGGAAUUUAAGCAUUCCAUUUUACCUUCUGUGUCACCAUUCGGAACGUUGCUAGUAACAUUAGCAUUACUGUCACCGCUGACAGCGCUUAUUCCUACCCGACACUCGAAGAAUUUCCCCAUUUUACUCACACUAUCUGCAUUUGCUUUCUUUCUUGCCGGAUAUCAUGUGCACGAAAAAGCAGUCAUACUUAUCACUGUUCCAUACACCAUUCUAGCUUCUUCAGAUCAUCGAUUUCUACCAUCUUUUAUUGUGCUUUCAGUUGUGGCAAACGUUUCACUUUUUCCUCUCUUUUUCACAUCUUUCGAGAAUAUUUUGAAAGUUUCUAUUACACUUUGCUAUCUAUUUUUGUCAAUAAGCAUUAUGCGAUUUUUGUGUCCAGAAAGAUCACUUCAUUUUCUCCAGAAACUUUAUUUGUUUGGACUCCUAAUUGUUCAAGUUUAUUGCUUAGUCUUGCAUCAGAUCAUAUUCGAUGUUAAUUUCGAAUUCAUUCCUUUAAUGCUUACUUCAAUAUCGACAGCUUUUGGAAUUUGUUGGAUAUACAUCGAAUUGUUGUGGAUUGUUUGUUUUGAGAGUUCUAAAUAUACGGGAGCUACAUGUACCUGCGAAAAAAAGCUUAAAAGAAAUUAG